GUGAGGGUUAUGUGAUGAGACAGAACGGAGCGAGUUCCUCGUCCUCGAGCGGCUACCAUGCUAACAGCUCGUCCACCGGAUCGUCCAGCGACGGCAACGGUAAUAGCUCGAGCCAUGCGUCCGAGAGUAAGGACACUCUUGUCACAGAAGAAUCAGCUUACCGUUCAGAGGAACGAACAGGAACGGAUGAACAGGAUGACAAGUCUGGGGCAGCACUUGACAGCACAGCUGGUAUGGGAAGUCAACUCAGGGAAAUCCUUCAACAACAUUCGGGUCCUGGAGGAAGUGGUGACAGAAGAUGUGGGGGAUAUUCCUCAGGCCUAAGCUCUAAUAAUUCCUCAAGUGGAGAUGAUAGCAGUAGAUUAUACAAGUUCAAAUCCAACAUGAAGCACCGGUUUAGUGCUGAUCUUGAGCAGUCACAUCAAGUGCGGAAGAAGCGUCGUGAUUCAGAAUCCUCUUGCGGUAACUACACUGACUGUGAAAAAGACAGAGUGACCCCAACUGGCCCUAUGUCUCUUUCAAGGCCUGUAGCUCACCAGGAAGCCUUUGCUCAUGAGUCCAAUAAAAUUAUAGAUGGAGGGAGAGACAGCCCUUUGUUGGACAAGAAUCAUGGCUCUCCUUCACCUGUGCCGAAGACAGAGAACCAGGGUGAGAGAAAUACACCAUUGCGGCAAGCUUCAGAGCCUGGCAUAGGAGGAACAGUUCCAAUAUUUGCACUUAACCAGAACGGAAGCUUUUAUGUACCUCUCACAAUUGACCAGUCAUUAGUUGCACCUAUUAUGUCAGGACUGUCAGAUGUUUCUCCAGUCCUUCACCCAGUUUCUAUAUAUGUAAAUUUUUGUGGCCCAUGUCCUACUGUAACACCAAACAAUAAUGUUAAUCAACAAAACAGUAAUCAGGGAACCCCAAUAUUGUCCCACCACCCACCAGGAGGGAGACAUAACCUUCCAAACCAUAUCUUUUCCAAUGUGAGUAAUUUUGAAUCUGGUGGCUACAAUGGAAGACAUCAGCCUCGUGGAUCUGGAGAGCGAAAAAGACGCGAAGCUGCGAGGCCAGUCACCCAGUAUGAAGAACAUCGUCCAGUAAUUACAAAUAUUAAUGAAAAUCUUGAAAAAAGGGAGCCAGGGGAAGUAGAUAUGAGAGAAUUUCAUGAUGCUCGUGAAACAAGAGACCACCACCACCAUGAUCAUUCCCAGCGGGAUGUACCACGAGACUUGCCACCACGACAUGACCAGAUCCAUGAAACAAGAGACACCAGAGAACAGGAGCAAGUUCAUGAAGUUCGUGAAGUUAGAAAUCUGAGAAAUAUUCGUGAUCUUCGAGAGGUCAGAGAAAUGAGGGAGAUGCGAGACCCAGCACAAACAGUGCGUGAGUUUAUUGAUGCAAGUAGUGCUUACCCAAAUAACACAGCAUAUUCCCGAACUCACCCACACUGGGCAGCAGCUUAUCAUAUUCAACCAAAAAAUUAAAAAAUUAUCAAUUUUAUGAAAAAUUGGAUGGAAAUACACAAAAAUGUAUAUAGCUGCAGAUUGCUGGUUUCUGUAUCAGAAAUAUUUUGUAUAGUGUGUGAGUUUCUCUCUCUCUCUCUCUCUCUCUCUCUCUCUCUCUCUCUCUCUCUCUCUCUCUCUCUCUCUCUCUCUCUCUCUCUCUCUCUCUCUCUCUCUCUCUCUCUAUCUCUCUCUCUCUCUCUGGAAAGAGAAACAAGCAUGUGAUUUCUUAAAAAAGAAAAAAACACUAAGUAAUUUCUUAAAGAAGAAAAACUAAGUAAUUUCUUAAAAAAGAAAAAAAAGUGAUUUCUUAAACAAUUUAAUCAGUGUUAAGUGAAGCUUUCAUUUCAGUCAGGGAGCAACUGAAAUAAAAUGCACCCCUUGAAGCAAGCAAUGACACUUUACCUGGAAAAUAUGUGCAAAGACCUCAAUAAUAUGUACAUAUGGGCCCUGUACAGACUGGCCACUUUUUAAGUGCUUAUUGCUCAAUAAUCUUUAUUGUGGACAGGUGUUUGAAACCUCAAUGGAUUUCUUUACAACCAUAUUUAGACAGUACCUGAAAACCUAGACGCAGGUGUGGCAAAUGUUGGUGCAAGUUAUAUGUCUUAGUGAAAACUGUGUUGGAGGAACUGAAAAGCACUGUACUUGUUGUUAAGGUUAAAACAUUUUUUUUCCACAAAGUUUGUUGCCUCUUCUUUCCAGAACAGUUUGAUAACUAUUAUCAAGGCAUUUAUGAAGAAACCUUAUAUUGGAACAGGAUUUGUUAUACAUCUUUGGUAUUCCAAAAAGAUAGAUGUAAUUACUGUUGUAUGAGUUUGUUACACACAUAUUUCUGCAUUCUACGCUGUAAUACCGUAAUAUUAUUAAAUUUGUGAGUAGGAGAAUCUCUGCUCAUUCAAAAAUUCUGUUGGAUUUUGCAUGAACUAUUUAUUUAUGCAGAUGGUCUAUCAAUAAAAUAAAUAUAUAUAUAUAUAUGUAUAGAUAGAUAUGAGAGGUCUAUCAAUAAGAAAAAAAAUGAUCUUAUAUGUAUAGAUAGAUAUGAGAAAUAUUUACCAACUUAAAUGUAUUUAUCGUGUAUUGAAGUGUCCAGUAUGAAAUAGGAGUGAGAAUGGUAAUGGAGAGGUUAUAGAGUUUACUUAAUUAAAGAUCAAAUAUUAACACAUUUAACUAGGAAAUGAAAAUUAUAUUUCAGUUUCAAUUUUUCUUUCAUACCUGUACUUUCAUUGUACUACAGUAUUUGUGGAAAAUGUAUUGGUUUGCUUUUAGUGAAAAAAAUUACAUUGAUAUAUUGAAUUACUUUGAAAUUUGCAAAUGCACAUUCACUGCUGAUUCUGAUUCCUCCAUCACAGUCAAACACGAGACUGGUUGUUUCCAUGAUAUGUAUGUCGUGUAAUGCGUCUAUUAGAUGCUUUAUUAGCAAAAGGCUUUUAAUGUGUGACAUAUGGUGUAUAUUUAAAGAUUUCUAUUACAUGAUCAUUGUUAUUACUGGUAUCCAGUUAUUUAACAAAUGUUAGCAGUCACCUAAUAAUUGGAAAACCUUCUUCUUAUUGUGCUGUGAGAGCUAUAAGCUUGUGAUUGAGGUAGGAAGGAAUACAAUAGUUGUUAUCUGAAUUUUUAUCAGUGAAAAAAUCAACAGUACAUUAGAACUCAGAUGUUACCACAAUUAAUGUAUCCCAGUCAGGAAGAAAACAUUAUAUUCAUGUCAAGCAAUGAGUUUUAUUUGAUGUUCAAUACAAUUUGGCAUUUUAAAUUUCCAGUGUUUAACACCUGUUAAGUGAGUUCUUUGAUGCAAAUCAGUGACUACAUCAGUUGUACAUUUCUGAGUGGGCUUUUGCUUCCAAAAGUUAUCCACAUGUUAUGCUUGUUCUGAGAUUAUCAAAAAUUGUUCUGGAAAACUGGCUUAUAUUUUUACUUACAUGCAGCUUGUUUUCUGUCAAAAUAUUAACGCAUAUAUCAGAACUACCUCAUAAUUGUCAAGACAAACAUAGAUAAGCAUGUUGAUAAUGGUAGAUGAACUUUGGUUGAAGCAACUGUCCAUAUCGUACAACUGCAGAGCCUCAACUGCAAAUACAAUGGGCAUUUUAUUUAUUUUAGAGAAAAUGCUUUCAGGGCUUUUGUCUACUGUUUUCUAACAUUUACAAUGAAGUUUUCUUUUUACUUUUCUUUUCCUUCUUUCUAUUUUAAUAUCCUUAUUUUUAUGAGGUUGCUGAUUUGCAUGAAAACUUUGGUAACAAGUUAUUUUUAUAUAUUCUUUUCUUACUUGCUUUUGUUAAAAGUCCCACAGAUAUACAUUAUACUGUAUUUUUUUAAAA